UUUAUGGUCAACUUUGAUCAUUUCUGUCUUUAUUGCCCUUUAAGUUUCAUGUUCAUUCAGUAAUACAGCAUCAACCCACAUUGAUGCAGCUCCUAGUUACAAAUGUACUUAAAGCUCCUAGUUACAAAUGUACUUAAAGCUCCUUAACGUUGCUGUUUACAAAGAUCAAUGUUUAAACGUAAAAAUGAUUUAAAAAUCAGAAUUCAGUAAUAAAGCAUGAAGAAGAAACUUCCCCCGUCCGCGGGGGAGGGGCUGAGACGUGAUGGAGUAUCCUGAAGAGUAAUAGAUUACUUUUUGCAGCUGUCCAUCGACAAACCUGAGUCGGAGGGUGCGGACCCCGCCCCCGGCGCCCGCCAGCCAAUCAGAAGGCUCCGUGGGUGAAGCGCUGCUAUAAAGCUGCGGGAUGUUGCGCUGCGGGAAGAGCGCCCGCGUGAGUGAUCCACAUUUCCGAGUAACGCAACACGCAGAAAGUCAUCCAACAAGUUUCUGCCUGAGCCGGAAGUGACAGAAAGAAAGAUGGAGCCCUCCAAACCGCUCAGGUACGGCUCCCCGGACCGGAAGGACGCCUCCGCCGGCAGCUCCGUCAUCAACGGGCACCGUGACGGACCGGGGAAGCGGGCGAGCGGCGCCCCGCAGCCGGCGGAGCCCGGCGCGCACCGGGCCGCCUCCGCGGUGAUGGACAGCUGGAAGGAGGAGCGCACCCGCAGCGUGGAGGACAACGAGAUGAGCCUGCCGUCCCUGGCCGCAGCCUACAGCACCAUCCUGCGGGGGCUGGGGGAGGACCCGCAGCGGCAGGGGCUCCUCAAGACCCCGUGGAGGGCCGCCACCGCCAUGCAGUUCUUCACCAAGGGCUACCAGGAGAAGAUCACCGACGUGUUGAAUGACGCCAUCUUCGAUGAAGACCACGACGAGAUGGUGAUUGUCAAGGACAUUGAUAUGUUCUCCAUGUGUGAACACCACCUGGUGCCCAUCUUCGGCAGGGUCCACAUCGGUUACCUACCCAACAAGAGAGUUCUGGGCCUCAGCAAGCUGGCCAGGAUUGUUGAAAUCUACAGCCGCCGACUACAAGUUCAGGAGAGAUUGACCAAACAGAUCGCCGUGGCGAUCACCGAGGCCCUUCAGCCCACCGGCGUCGGCGUGGUUGUGGAGGCAACGCACAUGUGCAUGGUGAUGCGCGGCGUCCAGAAGAUGAACAGUAAGACGGUCACCAGCACCAUGUUGGGAGUUUUCAGGGAAGAUCCAAAAACCCGAGACGAGUUCCUGACUCUGAUCCGGAGCUGAGGAGGACCCAGAUCCUCGUCUUCCUCCUGUGGCCUGGGUUUACCUUUACCUGGACAUACCAGCUGUGUGUGUGUGUGUGUGUGUGUGUGUGUGUGUGUGUGUGUGUGUGUGUGUGUGUGUGUGUGUGUGUGUGUGUGUGAGACCAUCAGUUUCUUGCAUUGACCUGAUAGAGCGGCGCUGUGCCUCAGUGACUGCCUGCUCGUCAACACUAGCUUUAUAUCAGAACCCCUGACAGCGCCCCCUUCAGGUUGUCUGUGAGAACUAAGAGGAAACGUCAACUGUUGGCCUCAAAACUCAGUUUAUACAGAAAAUCCACCCGACAACAAACCAUCAAAGGUUAACGUGCAUUUCAUGGCUCCAAGUCAAAGCUUUAGCCCCUCCCCCACGUCACACCUGUGCAAACUCUACCUGUUGUUCUGAUUUGACUAAGUUAGAAUGGUGUUUUGGCCAAAAGCUCAUUUCCAGAGAGGAAGUGCAGACAUUCACUGCUGUAGAGAGAAGUCCUGGUUCUGGAUCGGUUUUCUUCAGUGUGAAUGUGGCUGGACAAAGGGGGGGGGAGGAAAGACCCUCAUGAUGGGACUGGAUCUCAUUCUUCACGGAGGACUUUCACUAAACGCUGCUCGUGUCGGUCGUUCGGAACAGUUCCAGCCUUAGUCCCAACGGUCCUUGUGGGUGGAUACGGGCUUUCUGCUCGGUCCAACCUGUAGGGGGCAGCAGGUGACCCACAGGACGGAUCAAGGUGGUGGACCGCUCCGUGAACCUGCAAAGAUAAAAUGUUGGGGAUGUUUUUACUACAAGCACGCUGUGCACGAGAGGUCCUAGUGAACACUUGUUCCACCCGUAAGGUACGUAAGGCGUGUCGCACAGAUUUGACAUUUUUGAAACCCCCAUCAAAUCCUACGGACUGAGCAGGACGCCUGUUAGAGCUGUUCAUGUGACACGUGCACGCUCCUCGCUGCAGCCCGACUGUUGGAAAUGAGGAAACCAGAGGAUCAGAGUGUCGUUUGUGUGCACCUCCUACAGGCGUCCUACAGGCGUCCCGCAGGCGUCCCGCAGGCGUCCCGCAGGCGUCCCGCAGGUGUCCUGCAGGACGUCCUACAGGCGUCCUACAGGCGUCCUACAGGACGUCCUACAGGCGUCCCGCAGGCGUCCCGCAGGCGUCCUGCAGGCGUCCAACAGGACGUUCUACAGGCAUCUGCAGGCGUCCCGCAGGUGUCCUGCAGGACGUCCUACAGGCGUCCUACAGGCGUCCUACAGGACGUCCUACAGGCGUCCCGCAGGCGUCCCGCAGGUGUCCUGCAGGACGUCCCACAGGCGUCCUACAGGCGUCCUACAGACACUAAGGUAUCACGUGCACUUUCUGUGCGAGCAGCGUUGGUGUGCGGUCAGUAAAGAGCGGGUACUCACACGUAUACGACUAGAAUGUGGCGCAGACGCAUCACCUGCACGACAUCAGUGCGUGGAACUUCCAUUAGCCUUACCAAUACGUCACCUUAACUGAGCUCCUUCCUGACAGUGGUACGUUCCCUUUUCAUGACCUCCCCCUUAAGAUCCAGCCUCUCCUCUCCAGAACCCUCCACCUGCAGAACCCGUAUGGAUCAACCCCCCCGCAAGGGUUCAGGUGACUGCAAGCAGAAAAGAAAGAUUUGGACGAACCUGGACUGUAAUAAUCGGAAUCAUUAUUAUCUCUGCUUGGUUUGAUCCUGUUUUUACGGUGUAGCGCCCCGGAUGCUGCUGAAAAUCUUCAUAAACAAACUAAAGUGACUUUAGUUUAAUCCGGUUUGCAGCACUUUAGUAAAAUAAACUCUCGAGUCGCUUAUAUUUAAAUCAUUUUAACAAUCAAAAAGUCAACAUUUUUACUAUAAAAACCAAAAACACACUGUCUAGUGGGUCAAGAUGACCCCACUCCCAAUGUCAAAGUGCCUAGGAAAGCACAAGGGAUAACAGAGAAAUUCUAUUUUUCCCCAAGACAAACAGAAAGGUGUCUUUGGGCUGUAAUUGUUGUUUGAUUGGAAACACCUGUACCUGAAGGUGAAAGGACUCGGGAUGCGAACGUCUCUUUCGGAUGAAUCGAUGCGGAAGCCAGUCAAACAUUUCUGUGCCCAGCUUGGAUUUACUCCCCUGCAGCGAUGCAGUUGGACUGAACCAACUGGGUUUUCAUGACCAAAUAAGGGAAAAGGAGCUCCACCCACGUUGGUGUGGUUGCUCUCAUCUGUUGGACCUUUUGGAACCUGAAACCCUUCAAAGCCUAAAGUUCUUUGAAUGGAACCAGGCCGUCGUGUUUACAUCCGCUUCUGGCUUUUGAGUCAGGAUUCGGUUUUGCACAGUUCCCUUCUCUGCUCCUGUGCCGGUCCCAAGCCCGGAUAAAUUGAGAGGGUUGCGUCAGGAAGGGCAUCCGGCGUAAAACAUUGCCAAGUGAACCAUGCGACUCCUCCUCGAAGGAGAGGUUGUUUCGCUGUGGCGACCCCUGAUGGGAAAAGCCUAAAGAGGAAGUAUUCGGUUUUGCUCAGAUUUCUUUUUCUGUUCGGCAAACACGCAAUAGCAGUUUAUAGGUUACUGUUCACAGAAGUUAGAGAUGAAGGCCGUCAGGAGGUGGUUUGUAUUGGGCGCCGUUUCAUGAGUUUUCCCUGAAACGGCCAAAAGGCGGGAAAAACCCACCUGUUCUAGAGCUGAUGACUGAAUCGACACAUUUCACUAUUGUGGUCUUUGGAGCGAUUUCAAUCCUAAAAUCAAACGAACCUUCAAGCUGCUCAGUCUUCUCACUAAAGCUUUAGUAACCACAACGUGACCAUGUCUCCAUGGAGUGAAUGGAGGCUUUGUGUUGUGAGACCCCUAGUGGUCACUGGAUGAACUGACAGCUGAUGCUCUUCAGGUUAUUCCAGAUCUCGUCUCAAAACAUUCAAUGCAAAGAAGAGACACUUCUGGGUUCUUUGGCCCACUUUCAGACCUUUGCUAGGCCCUUCAGUCAGUCACGUCCAUCCAGAGCGGAUACCCACAUCCACCCUGAGGAGCCCCCGUCUGACACCACCCACCCAUAAAAGACCAAAGGAUUCGGUAGAUUUCCUCUGGUUUCUUCCAGUAAACCAAAAGUCAUCACGACACAAACAGAUUCUGUUAGACUUGACUUGGCAUCAAGAAAACCAGCUAACUGCUAAUGCUAGUAAAUAAAGAGCACAGAUUUCAGAGUUUAGAUCAAUAAUAUAUGAGCAAAAUAAUGAAGAAAAUCAAAUUUGUGUUUGUUCCAAAUGCCAUUUAGCCUUUUCUAAACAGAUCUCCCCUGACAUCCUGUUCACACCUUUGUUUACAGUAUUUUCAUAAAUCUAAGGAUUAUAGACAUAUUUGAUUGAUGACCUGUCAAUCAUUGCAACCUGUUUGUUCCUUUGCUUUCCUCAGACAGCAGGAAAGUCACAUGAUCAGUGUCCUCCGUGAUGACAGGACUGACAUGAUGUCACAGUGACGCCAUCAGCCUUUAGCAGUCAUGUGACGCCUUUCUGGCCUGCAGAGGGCGCUACACCUGAAACAAAACCCGAUAAAUAUCAAGACUUUGCAUCUCAGCUGAGAGAGCGUUUUAAAGUGACGCCAUUUCAUUUGUUUGAUUCUUUAAUGAGCAAAUGCUAACGAGCUAGCAUGCUAUCAGGUUUCCACAAAGUUUUAAAUCAAAAUUAAAAUUGCAGAUCCAAAAAAAAAAAACCACCUUGUUGCUGAUUUUGCCAAUUUGAUUGUAAAAAUGAGCAAAAGAAUUUGGAGGCGUGGCCGAACUCUGCCCGCUCUCCACUAAGCCCAAUCAAUCAGAUGGAAGUUGCGAUCUCUGAUUUUGUGUGUGUGUGUGAUGCAUCAAAGUGUUCUGCGUGUGAUUGUGUGCUUGUCGUGGAGGACGACGUCUGCUAACAGUCCAACGUUGGUGUCUUUUUGUGGCCUUGUGUGACGGACGGCCUCUUUGGCGCCGUCCCCGCCCCUGUACUUUUCGUACCGUGUUCCAUGGUGAAGCUUUACAUCAAACGUAUUAAAUUGUUAUGUGACGGCGGCGUUUGUCUCCGCCUGUUUAUUCCCACAGCUGGAAGCUUCAGUGUGUCCUUGUGUGUAACACAUUGUGUGUCUUUGUCCCAUAAAGCCGUCAUAUUUGGG